UGGUUGCACUUCUUGGGGGAGGGCUGUUCAAUUAACAGUCUCCAUGGUAAUCACAUCUUGAAAAUCUAUAAAAGAAUAGACACAAGAUGAGCAGGAAGGAAAUGGGCGCUCUGGGAUCUCAGAGGGAGUCACUAUCAUCCAAUCCCUUACUAAUGGCGUCAGAGGUGGGUAAGCCUCGGAGGAGAGGGUUCACUCUACCCAAUGCAACGUUCACAUACGGCAUAAGAACUGAAAAUAAAGAUGGUGGAGCAUCAGAAGCCAUGUCCAACUGGCAUGCCCACCGACCCUCGGCUGGUAUCAAGAAGAUACCCCAGCGUGACUUCAUAGCUCUCAAUAAGAGGGCUAUCUGUAGUGGUCUCACCACGGCACAGGAGCAGACCCAGUACAGGGCCACUCACAAUAUAUGGCGCAGAGAUGAUACUAUGACCUCCGAAAAAAACACUCCAAAGUUCAGUGAAAUGACCUUUGGAAUGUCUACCAGACCCUCCACUCCUAUAUUUGAUCUCAUGGAGAACAAAUAUCAGGAGGCGUGGCUACAGGAGAGGAGAGAGUACGAACGAAAACAGAGAGAGAAGAUGUUACAGAAGAAAUUGCAGGACAAGAAAGUGUACGAGACCCGGGCGUCCCUCAUGAGACACUACUCAGAGCCAGUGGCCUCACCACCACUCUGGAAGAUGACGCGAUGGGCAGAGAUUGAGCCCCAGUUACAGACAUUUCGCUCAGAGAAGGAACGAUCUGUGGCCUUUCAUCAACAUUCGUUGGAUGCCACCUCGAGGGUGGGUGUGUUUGGACAUGGCAUUUAUCAAGCAGCACAGUCUUGAUAAUUUUAACUCAUCCCCAUAUAAUAAUAAUUAUAGCUAGCUUGAUUACACCAUCAUGCUCUUAUCUAAUGUGUCAAUUAUACCACUUUUUGUGUUGUAUUCUACUCAACUCAA